UCCAAGCUUCCACAUCGUUGCUAUUUAAUUAUUUAUUCUCUUCAUCCCCACAACGCUGCAAAAAUGUUCCGAUUCGUCGCUCUUCUUGCUGCCAUCGCUGUAGCCCAGGCCGCUUACACGUUGAACCCCGCAGGCCCGACCUACGCCGGAAUCCACACACCAGCCAUCACAAGCCAGCAGUCGAACAUCCUGCGCAGCUACGGAAACCUUGGCCAAAUUUCGACCUACUCGAAGACCAUCGAUACCCCGUACUCGUCCGUGAGUAAGUCCGAUGUACGAGUGAGCAACCCAGGUGUGGCAGUUGGCCACAUUGCCGCCGCGUAUCCACAUGCCAUCGCUCCGGCUUACGCUCACCCCGCAUACGCUCAUGCGGCGUACGCUGCCCCGGCCAUUAAGGCGGCUCCGGCGCUCCUUGGCGUUGCCUAUUCUGCUGCCCCGGCUGUUGCUCAUAUGACCUACAGCAACGGACUGGGUAUUAACUAUGCUUGGUAAACUUGUAAAAUCAUGACCAUUGCCCCAUUACCCAGCGAGAUUUUCUUCACCUGCACCAUGGACUAUUGGAGCGAAAUACAAUCUAAGUCAACACAGUCAACAAUAAAUAAAAAUGUCUCUUCGAACAUG